CCGGAAUCCUCAGUCGACCGACGUGAAUGGAAAGCGCUAAAAGAGGCAGUGUCCCCGCCGCAGAGGCGGCUUCGAGGUCCCCAUGGCACUUGCAGAAAUGCUUGUGGACCUAGUGCAGGUGAAUGGAGGAUGCGACAGACCUUGGUCCACCCCGGUUGUCACCCUAAUGGUUUUGCUGCUUCUGUAUAAAGAACGAUGGUGUCUUGAGAUUGUUCACCGACUCUCCCUCCCUUGGGACUGAAACCAAAGCUCAGGGUCUUGAACUCAGCCCUGGAUUCUAUGGAGCGGUGCCCAUUUGUGACAGUCGAUGGGGGGCUUGUGGUGUUCACAGACGUGGCCGUGCACUUCUCGCAGGAGGAGUGGGGGCUCCUUGAUGAGGCCCAGAGACGCCUGUACUGCGGUGUGAUGCUGGAGACCUUUGCGCUUGUGUCGUCACUAGGUUGCUGGCAUGGAGCCCAGGAUGAGGAGGCCUCUUCAGAGCACGGUGUCUCUGUCAGAGCAUCACAGGUCAGGAUGCCACAGCCAGGCCCGUCUGUCCAGGAGGCCCAGCCCUGUGAGAUGUGUAGCUCACUCUUGAAAGACCUUUUGCACUUGGCUGAGCAGGACAGUAUACACCCUGAGCAAGGCCCGCACACUUGGGGAAAGCGUUACCAGCACCAAAAGCAUCAAAUUAGAGUGGGACUUUCCAGAAGUGAUGAGCGGAAGGCUUCAUUUGCGAAGAACUGCAGAGGUCACGUGGCAGAGACGACCUCUAUGUCCAGUGAAGAGGGGAAGGACUCGCGAGCCAACGCAGGCUGCUCCGACGGCAGGCUCCUCACGUUGUGGGAAGGCCAUGCUGGGACACAGCAGGUGGAGAGGCCUUUCAAAGUGAACAGAAUUAUUAUAAGUGCAUUCACUGUGGGAAAAUCUUCAGUCAUAAAAAUUUACUUGUUGACCAUGAGAAAAUCCACACUGGAGAAAAGCUUCAUGAGCACAGAGAACGUGGAAAGGCCUUCCUUAGAAAGCCCCACCUUCAUCAGCACCAGAAGGGCCACGAGGAAGGUCAGCUUUAUGAGAACCCAAAAUAUGGAGGAUGUCUCACACAGAUACCUGGCCUCGGUGACCACCGGGGUAUUCACACCAGGCCGAGGCCUCUGGAGUGCAGCCACUGUGGGAAGGCUUUCCUUAGACUGUCCCAGCUCGUUGGGCACCAGAAGAUCCACACAGGAGAGAGGCCUUAUGGUUGCAGUGAAUGUGGGAAAUUUUUUAGGACUCGCUCUACACUCAUCAGACACCAGAGUUCACACUGGAGAGAGGCCAUAUGAGUGUAGGGAGUGUGGGAAAGCCUUCACCCGCAAGCAUAAACUGGUUGAGCAUCAGAAAAUCCACAGUGGUGAAAAGCCUUAUGAGUGUGGAGAAUGUGGGAAAACCUUCAGCUGCAAAGACAAAGUUGUGGAACACCAGAAAAUUCACAGCGGAGAGCGGCCUUAUAAGUGCAAUGCAUGUGGGAAAGCAUUCAGCCGCAAACAUAAACUUGUUGAGCACCAGAAAAUCCACACUGGAAUAAGGGCCUAUGAGUGCAGAGAAUGUGGCAAGUUCUUUAUGGACAGCUCCUCGCUCGCUAUUCAUCAGAGAGUUCACACUGGAGAAAGGCCAUAUGAGUGUGGCAAAUGUGGGAAGUUCUUUAGGUACCGCUUCCCACUCCUCAGACACCAGAGAACUCACACUAAGGGAAGGCCUGACUAG